AUAGUGUUAUGCAGCCCAGGCCUAUCUAGGAAGGCUGGGCAUAAAUUGUUUGCUCACAGCAUCACAUGAUGACGUGGGCAACAUAAACACUUAAACUCUGUAGAUUAAAGUUAAUAGUAAUCAAAACUAAUUUCACCACGAAAGGAAGUGCAAUCGAAAUGAAUGAAGAAGACAAGGUAAUUCUAGUGAGUUAAUAAAAUGACAAGGUGUUGCCUGUCAGCGUUGUAGACUACUGCCUCACAAGCCCGGGCUUUAGUGGCACUGGCAUACGCGCUUGCCUCUGCACUGAAGGAGCCACCGAACGCGUCCGCGUUGCAGCUCUCACUUUCUCCCGCUACAGUAUGUCCUACAAUGACAUAUUUGGUGGGGAUUGGCAGCCAACAAUAGGAUUGGAUUGGGACUAAAUCAAAGAAUAAAACGAUAUUGAAAUGAAUAUUAUUAACAAAUAUUUCCCAGAAGAUUUUGGGUUCAACCUAAGGCUGACUAGGACAGAUCAAUCAACUUGAUCCGACACAGUAAGCCUACAUGUCAUACGUAGCACAGAGGGAGGAUGGUGAUCCUCAGAGGGAAGGAAAGGAAGUUGUUGAGGAAGAACCGGUGGCCACGCCCAAAGAGGAGGCCAAGAAGGGAAGGAAGGCAAAAAGUAAGAGGAGUGGCAAGAAGUCAAGGAAGCUGGGCACUGACAACGAUGCAGUCUCCAGGAAUAAACACCUGGAUAGAGGAUCUGUAAUUGAGCUCCUGGAGAAGAAAGCUGUUCAGGCUGCAUUCGGCCCAGGCAACAAGGAUGAGAUGGAAUACUCCUACCCAAUCCUCAUCUCAUUCCUGCGCAAUCUUACUGAUGAGCAGUGGCAAGUGAUCUACAAAGGACUAAAAAACCCUAUGACGAAGGAACAGCUUGCCAAAUUGUGCAAGACAAUUGUAACCUUCAUCGCACAGACCACCCUGCAGAUCCUGCUGCCAGCCCUGGCCCGCGUACUUGGGGUAAAGGACUUUGCUGACGACGACACUGACUCACCCAAGAGGGAUGGCAGUGCAAGAUCCUUUGCUGCCUUUGAUCAGGAAAGACUGGAGCUCAUCCAGGAAGUUAGAUAUCUGGCGAAGAAAAUGUAUAAUGCUCAACAUCUCAGGUCCCUAACACCCUCUUCUAAGAGUUCCCAGACCUCAGUGAAAGUCCUCCUGGGAAUGACAGAGGACAGAAUCAUCAAAAGUGUCCAGGAGCAACUGUCUGAUCAUAAUAUCCUGUCCUCUUGCCCACCUGAGCUGACUGUUGGUCUUAUCAAGGUGGUGGUCGAACAGCUUAACUCUGCCCUCUCUGCGACCAUCAGCAGAGCCAUUUCAGGGCGGUCCUCCCCUAUUUCUUCUGGUACCCAGGCCGCUGAACAAAUGGUCAACAUGGUCCAGAAAUGUUUUGAUGAUCACACCACCCCAGAGGACCAGAGCUCUACCUCUGUAUUAGAGUCAUGCAUUCCACCUGCAACAGAAGAAGUGAUGACUGUUAUCGCAGAGAUGGUGGGUGAAUUGGAAAAAGAAGAUCCGGAAUUGGCUAAGGUUUUUCGAGAAGUGGCUGUGAAAGUUAAAAUGUUGGCAUCUGGCAGUGACCUUGUAGUGGAGCACCUGGAUGUUGAAGACUCUCCUGUUCCAGAGGAGCUGAACAUAAUAUGUACAUCUUGCAAAGCAAUGAUGCAAAAUCUUGGCACUCUGUUUAGUGUGAAGUACAAGACCAAAGCCUCAAAGGCUGUGAGUGAAAUUCUUGUGAGAAGGUUAAUGAGCGAUAUCUCUGGUAUGGUUCAACCUUCUCAUUCGUUUAGUACCACUCCAAGCUUGAUGAAUGCAUCUAGCCCAUCUGACAGGAUCCUUGAUUCUGCGGCCACUGAGCUCAUACAGACCAAAGUAGAAUCUGAGGCAUCAAAAAUAAUUGAUAACUUUGUUGAAGAUGUCAAGGACAUUGUGCAGUAUGCUGAAUUAGAUCAGCCAACAAGCACCCAGAGAGAUACCCAAGUGGGACACUGUACGACAAAGCGGAAACCCUUCCAUGCAGCUCGUAGACUCUGCGAGAGACUUCAGGCAAAGCUGGAGACAUUGUUCCUCAGAAUGGGUGGAGCUCCAGUCCAAGGGGAAGAACUUAUGGAAAAAGCUGACUCCAGUGCUGUGCUUCUGGAGCAUACUGACUCCAGUGAUCUGCCUGUUUCAAUCCUGAGCUUGCCUUCCCCAUGUAGGAGUGAAUCCCCUAUAUCAGAACGUAGUUCAUCUUCUUUAUCUGAUGGAUGUGAUUCAACUGACUCUGUAGGAGAGAAAACACCAGAGCAACCUGAAACCAGUAAGAGUGAGGCAAUACUGCAAGUGGUCAACUCAACAGGACUUGGUUCUCUCCGUAAAUGCCAAAGUGAGAACUCUCAACCAUUACUGUCUCUCUGUGAUUCCAACAUGGUGCCCUGCACCAAAGAGGUCUUGUCCCAGAUUGUGACCAUGUAUAGGUCAGAGGUGGCAGAUUUGGAAUGCACAUCAUCUGUUGCAGAGGGUUCCUCUUACAACUCCCUUGAAGUCUGUGGCUUUUUGGACAGUGUCAUGUCUUAUCUAGAAGACAUGCCUGUGUCUGGUUCUUCAUGGUUGGAAGGAUUAAGAGAUACUCCAGCCUCAGUCAUUGAGAAACUCUCCAGUGAGGAGUUCCAGAUGAACGCUACCAACGAAGUGCGAAAAAUACUGAUCAAAUCAGUCAGUAGCUUUCCCAGCAAAGUCAGUUCCAGCCAGACAGAUUCUCAGAUGUUGCCAGCAAAAUCAACAAUUUCCUUAAGGCAUACAGAUAUAACUGCUUUUGAAAUCGUUGGAUCAAUUACAAAUGACAUGAAGAGCCUUUUCCCACCCACAGAGUCUUCUACUACUCUAUGGCAGGCAGACUCUAUGCUUCAACAGAGUGAUGAGAAAACCUCAGAGUACACUGAGGCCACACCCAAAGAAAGAGCUGUCAAAAUCUGA